AUGGUGUCCGCACCAGUGUCUGACCUUAAGGCCAUGAACGAGCCGUUCAAGAACCCAAAAUUCAUCUUCUUCACGGACUUCGAUGGCACAAUCACAUUGCAAGAUAGCAAUGACUUCAUGACCGACAACAUUGGCUUCGGUGGCGACAAGCGACGACAAGGCAACCGCGAUGUGCUCGAAGCCAAGGAUACAUUCCGGGACUCUUUCCGCAAGAUGAUGGAUUCCGUCACCAAGCCAUUCCCAGAGUGUAUCGAUUACCUGGUCUCCAACAUCAAGCUCGACCCUGGCUUCAACGAGUACUUCCAGUGGGCGUUGAAGAACGAGAUCCCGACAGUGGUUGUAUCUUCCGGCAUGGAGCCUAUCAUUCGGGCCAUCUUGAAGAACCUCAUCGGACCUGACCAUGUCAAGCUCGAUAUCAUCAGCAACCAGGCAGAGGCCCGACCAGGAAAGUCGAUUGAUCAAGAAGGCGGCUGGCAGAUCCAGUACCACGAUGAGAGCAGUUUCGGACAUGACAAGUCCUUGACACUGCGACCCUACGCACAGCUGCCAAAGGAUGUGAGACCGACGCUGUUCUACGCAGGCGAUGGUGUUAGCGACCUGUCAGCAGCCAAGGAGACAGAUCUACUCUUUGCAAAGCAGGGCCAUGACUUGAUUCGAUACUGUGUCAAGGAGGACGUGCCCUUCACUGUCUUCAAGGAUUGGCAUGAUAUCCAUUCCGUGGUGAAGAAGAUUGUGGCUGGUGACAUCUCGGUCCAUGAUGCUGCGAAGCAAGGCUGGGAGGACUAUAAGAGUGGUGCUGCUGGUGUCAAUGGCAAGCCUUUGUAG